GCAAGAGACUAUUUUUGCAUGGGCACAGGUCGAAGAAUCUUUGCCGAUGGGGUCAUACACGAACACGGCAUCAUGGCCCAACGGCUGCUUGAUGUAAUGGACGCUACUCUAAUGCGGAAUAUCUACGGAUUGCAUUAUCCAGGUUGCUCGGUGGAUGAGAUAAAGCACCCUCGACCUAAUCCCCUUGCUCCGUUGCAAUAUGCGGCUACGUACUGGGUAAAUCAUUUGAUUACUUUCUGUCGACAAAACAGAACCCAGCACUGCCAUAUCGGGCUUAGCGAUGGGGGGAGAAUAGACACUUUCGUAAAGAAGCACAUCCUCCAUUGGCUGGAAGCCCUGAGUCUGAUGGGAUAUAUGAGUAAGGCCGUUGUGGUGAUCAGAGAAUUGAAAGACUUCCUAGAAGCAUGUACCCCAGACCAAAUUAAUGCCAUCAUUUUCCUAAUCACGCCCAGGAAUUUCCCGCAAACAAUACCGAGAUGCUAGCCUUGAUAUGCGACAUAUAUCAGUUCAUCCUCUACAACAAGGCUUGCAUUGAGGACGCACCUUUGCAGGUGUACUACUCAGCUCUAAUCUUCAGUCCGCAGGCAAGUAUAAUAAGACGGUUAUUCAAAGCCGAGAUUCCAAAAUGGCUGAA